GUUUUCUAAAAGUAGCCACAUAAAUUAAGAUUUCGGAAGUUUUUACGUGUGUAUUUUGAGUUUGUAAGAGGUGUUUUAAAGGAGGAAAAUGGACGAAAGGCACAAAAAGAUUCUCCAACGCAACAGGACUCACCUCGUGAAAGAACUGGACCCGUCGAGUUUGUACGAUCUGCUUUUGGAGAAAGGGGUUUUUACACAAGACAUGAUCGACGAGAUUAAGAGUGCGGGCACCAGGCGGGACCAGGCACGCCAGCUCGCCCGGGACAUCGAGACUCGCGGGAGCAGAGCUUUUUCACUGUUUGUGGAGAGUCUGGAGGAGACAGGGCAGAUGCAACUGGUUCAAGCCCUGAAGGAAGGCUCUCCUCUGGGCACGCUGCAGCCAUCAGCCCCCCCUGUGCAUCGGCCCACCCCUCAGCCUCUGCCUAUAGUGCCUCCAAUGGAUGAUAAAAAGAUCAUAAUUGCUCCCAUAACUCCGAUACAGAAACCCAGCACCACUCCAACCCCAUCUCCUGAAGGAGACGUUCUGAGGCCAAAAGCACAAAGAACACGCAGAGACAGUAUUCAGAAUUACAAAAUGGACGCCACUCCCUGCGGUCACUGCCUGAUCAUAAACAACAUGGAGUUUGAGCCCAAAAGUGAACUGAGUAACCGCAUCGGGUCAAACAUCGACUGUGACAAACUCCAGAGACGAUUCACAAACCUCAACUUCAUCGUAGAAGUCAAGACCAAUCUCAAACAGAAGCAAAUCCGCCUGGCGCUGUCCGCCCUCUCAAAGAAGGACCACUCUGCCUUCGACUGCUGUGUGGUCAUCAUGCUCUCUCAUGGGACUGAGGUGAGCCAUAACCGGUUUCCUGGGGCGGUUUACGGCGUGGACGGGCUCUAUGUCCCAGUGCAACACAUCACAAACUUCCUCAACGGUCAGCACUGCCCCUCCCUCCAGGGCAAACCCAAACUCUUCUUCAUCCAGGCGUGUGGAGGAGGUGAGAAGGACACAGGCUUCGAGGUGUCCCCUGAGGAUGAGACAGCGCCCCCAUGUGGCGGAGGUGAGGAUGAUCAGACUGACGCUAUUCCUACAUCGUCCAGCAGUGACUCUCUGAGUGUGUCCGACGAACCCGACGCUAGAGCCUCCCUGCCCACGCCCAGCGACAUUCUCGUCUCUUACUCCACCUUUCCCGGUUACGUGUCGUGGAGGGAUACUCAGGCUGGCUCCUGGUAUGUGGAGACUCUGGACCGAGUGUUUGCAGAAAGCGCUGUCACAGAUGACCUGGUCACUAUGCUCAUGAUGGUGAAUAAUGAGGUGUCUCAGAACUCAGCCAAAGGUCUGUACAAACAGAUGCCUGGCUCCUUCAACUUCCUCCGGAAACUGCUCUACUUUCAACCACGAGCUCAAAAGCAUCAAAAUUAACAACAUUCCUAUAGCAAUUAACAAUUCAAAACGGAAUAUGAUAGCAUUUGAACAGUCAAUCGUCCUCAAAAUUCCCAUGAAUUCAUAACUAAGAUGAAUACUAUUUUGAGUACUCAAUGAAUGAAUGAAUGAAUUCCCCCUGGAUAUUACUUCCAGUUCAGAUUAUAAUCUCAUUUUGUAGGGAGGAGCGAUUAGAGAGACUAAGGCUUUGUCCAAAUGCCCACACUAUUUCCUUCAGGGGGCACUUUUUUAGGGUUAUGGCAUUUUUAGUGGUGUCCGAAUGUCCAGUUGGUAAAAAUGUAAUGGUAAUCAAA